GUGCACGACCUUGUAUUGGUUGUUCUGGCGCCCUCUGCUGGCCUGCGGGUGCACGAGCAGGGAGGAUCCUAUAAAUAAUUUUUAGGGGGCUGGGGGUUGAGUAGGUAAGGUGCACUGGGCUUAGUUGUUAGGGUGCUGGGGACUCAGUACAAAAGGAUCUGUCCACCUCUGCUGGGCUGAGGGCAUAUACUUAUGGGCAAAGAGAAAAAAGAGGUGGAGGAGGAAGAAGAGGGAAGGAAGGAGAGAGAGAAGAAAGAAAAGGAAGGAAAGAACGAAAGAAAUCUGUGUGGCUUUGCAGAAAAACAACAGCUAAUUAAAACUUGGGUACUAUUUGGUGUUGAUUUCCUGAAUUUGAACCAACAUACACAGAGAUUAAACCAGAAGAAAAUGAUGUGGUGACCGUUUCUGAGCCCAGCUAUUCGAUACGGAAUGCAGUGUAUGCAGUGUCCCAUGCCCUCCAUAAAAUGCUGCUGAGCAAAAUUGAAAUGGGACCUAAAGAAGACAGAAACAUGGACUGGCUUCUUCCAUGCCAGGUAAGCCUCACUCAUAAGCAAGGGAAGCAUCAGGAUUUUAUAUUAUUGACUGCAUUGACCUACAAUGAUGUCCAUGUGAACUUCACUCGAGAAGAGUGGGCUUUGCUGGAUCCUUCCCAGAGGAAUCUCUACAAAGAUGUAAUGCUAGAGAUCUACAGGAACCUCACUGCUAUAGGCUACAAUUGGGAAGGUCAUAAUAUGGAAGAUCAUUGUCAAAGUUCUAGAAGACAUGCAAGGUAUGAAAACAGUGAUAGCAGAGACAAACCCUCUGAAGAUACUCAAUAUAAUGAAAUAUUUGCACCUCACAGUGGUUCCCACACAUAUGAAAGUAUCCAUACUGUUGAGGAUUGCUAUGAAUGUAACCAAUAUGGGAACGCCUUUGCACAUAACAGUCAUCUCCUAAAACAUAAAAGGACACAUAUAGGAGAGAAACCUAAUGAAUGUACACAAUAUGGUAAAGCCUUUGCAUGUAACAGUGAUCUCCUAAGACACGAAAGAACUCACACUGGAGAGAAACCUUAUGAAUGUAACCAGUGUGGUAAAGCCUUUCCAUGUAAUAUUGAACUCCUAAGACAUGAAAGAACUCACACUGGAGAGAAACCUUAUGGAUGUAACCAAUGUGGUAAAGCCUUUGCACAUAACAGUAGUGUCCUGAGACAUCAAAGAACUCACACUGGAGAGAAACCUUAUGAAUGUAAGCAGUGUGGUAAAUCCUUUGCACAGAACUUUAAUCUCCUAAUGCAUGGAAGAUCUCACACUGGAGAGAAACCUUAUGAAUGUAACCAAUGUGGUAAAGCCUUUGGUCGUAAAAGUCAUCUCUUAACACAUGAAAGAACUCACACUGCCGAGAAACCUUAUGAAUGUAACCAAUGUGCUGAAACCUUUGCACGUAACAAUAGUCUCCUGGUACACUAUAGAACUCACACUGGAGAGAAACCUUACCAAUGUAACCAAUGUGGUAAAGCCUUUACAUGUAACAGUAGUCUCAUGCUACAUAAAAGAGCUCACACUGGUGAGAAACCUUAUGGAUGUAACAAAUGUGGCAAAGCCUUUGCACAUAACAGUAGUGUCCUGAGACAUCAAAGAACUCACACUGGAGAGAAACCUUAUGAAUGUAAGCAGUGUGGUAAAUCCUUUGCACAGAGCUGUCUUCUCCUAAUACAUGGGAGAACCCACACUGGAGAGAAACCUUAUGAAUGUAACCAAUGUGGUAAAGCCUUUGUUCGUAAAAGUCAUCUCUUAACACAUGAAAGAACUCACACUGGAGAGAAACAUUAUGAAUGUAACCAAUGUGCUAGAACUUUUGCAUGUAACAGUAGUCUCAUGCUACAUAAAAGAACUCACACUGGAGAGAAACCUUACCAAUGUAACCAAUGUGGUAAAGCCUUUACAUGUAACAGUAGUCUCAUUCUACAUAAAAGAGCUCACACUGGUGAGAAACCUUAUGAAUGUAACCAAUGUGGUAAAGCCUUUCUACGUAAAAGUAAUCUCUUAACACAUGAAAGAACUCACACUGGAGAGAAACCUUAUGAAUGUAACCAAUGUGCUAAAACCUUUGCACGUAACAAUAGUCUCCUGGUACAUUACAGAACUCACACUGGAGAGAAACCUUACCAAUGUAACCAAUGUGGUAAAGCCUUUACAUGUAACAGUAGUCUCAUGCUACAUAAAAGAGCUCACACUGGAGAGAAACCUUAUGAAUGUAACCAAUGUGGUAAAGCCUUUCUACGUAAAAGUAAUCUCUUAACACAUGAAAGAACUCACACUGGAGAGAAACCUUAUGAAUGUAACCAAUGUGCUAAAACCUUUGCAUAUAACAGUAGUCUCCUGGUACAUAAAAGAACUCACACUGGAGAGCAAUUUCAUGCAUGUAACUAGUGUGUUAAAGUCUUUGCAUGUAACUGUGUCCUCCUAAGACAUAAAAAAAACUCAUACUGGAGAGAAACCUUAUGAAUGUGAUGAAUGUCACAAAGCCUUUACACAGACCAGUAUUCUAAAAGAUAAGAGAACUCUCACUGGAGAUUAACCUUAUGAAUGUAACCAAUGUGGUAAAUAAAGCCUUUGCAUGUAACAGUAAACUCUGAAAAGAUAAGAGAACUCAUACUGGAGAGACACCUUAUGAAUGCAACCAAGGUGGUAAACCCUUUGCAUGGAACAGUCAUCUGCUAGUACAUAAAAGAACUCACACUGAAGAGAAACCUUAUGACUGCAACCACUGUGCUAAAACCUUUGCAUGUAACAGUAGUCCCCUGGUGCAUAAAAAACUCACACUCCAGAGAAACCUUACAAAUAUAACCAAUGUGAUAAAGCCUUUACAUGUAGCAGUAGUCUUAUGCUACAUAAAAGAGCUCACACUGGAGAGAAAUCUUAUGAAUGUAACCAAUGUGGUAAAACCUUUUGCAUGUAACAGUGUUCUCCUAAGACAUAAAAGAACUCACACUGGAGAGAAUCUUUAUGAACGUAACCAAUGUGGUAAAUAAAGCCUUUGCAUGUAACAGUAAUCUCUGAAAACGUAAGAGAACUCAUACUGGAGAGACACCUUAUGAAUGCAACCAAGGUGGUAAAGUCAUUACAUAUAACAGUGUCUCCUAAUACAUAAACUCACACUGGAGAGAAACAUUAUGGGAUGUGUCCUAUGUGUAAAGCCUUUGCACAAAACAGUCAUUUCCUAAUAUAAACUUGCUCUUCUUCCUGAAGAUACCUGAUAAAAGGAUCAGAUGAAUGAGGAGGAGGUCCCCCCAUCAGUGGACUUGGAAAGGGGCAUGGUGUAGAUGAGGGACUGGGAGGGAAUGAGGGAUAGGGACACGGCUGGUUUACAGAGUUAAUAAAAUGUAACUGAUAAGAAAAAAAUAAAAUUUGAGAGAAAAACCCUUUCUCUUCACAAUCAUGUCCAAAGUCAUGAAAGAAUUCAUACUGGAAAGAAAGACUAUGAGACUAUUUAACAUUGUGAAACUAUUAAACAUUUGUAUAAUCAUCAUGAACGAAUUUGUACAGGGAGAAACUUUUUGAACAUGUUAAGAUGUGAGGCCUUUGCACAUAUCUAUAUUCUACAUCAUCAUAAAACUUUCAAAAUGGAGAGAAAAUCUAAGAAUAUGAACAAAUGUCAUCCAGGUACUACUGGUUGAUUAAGGCCACAUAAUGUUCUUGGGAUCUAAACUGUGAUGCCUACCCACCAAAUGAACCAGAAAGUUACAGAGUUUCUGACCUUGAAAAUCAUAAACAUCUUUGCCAUUUUACAACUAAAUUUUUAACAUCAGUCAGGGUUUAGGGAUAUGGGAUUUGUUUAUGUCAUUGAGGAAGUCAGCUGAUGCAAAAUGUAGGUUUUGCAAUCAAAACAAUCAUCCAUUUGUCCUUUUGUGAUUAGGAAAAGGUAAUAUGGAUAAAGAAAGAGAAUAUGUGGUUUGGGUCUGUCAUUAUGUUAGGGGACCAGAAACCAUGGUAUGGAAAUUUGAUAUUUAUGGGAACAAAAGUUGAGUAAUGAAUGCUGGUCAGCUAUUGGUAAUUUUACAGCUUUCUGAGGGACUAUGAACUUAACCUUGGUUUCACCCUAUAAUUCAAUGGAGGCUAGUAUCAAAAAGGCACUACUUAGGACAAAUUUCUUUUGCUCAUUCCCACAUGCAAAUUACUUUUUCAAGUUUUGCAUCCCACAGUCAUCCUCAAGUAUAUAAAAUACAGAUACUAGAAACCUCACCCAUGUAAUCAAUAUGAUAAAGCCUUUUCUUAAUAAAGUUAUGUCCAUGCAAGAAUACAUAGUGCAGUGAAACCCUAUGAGUAAACAAAGUUGUAAAGCCUUUUCAUGUAGUUGCCUUUGAAAUCAUGAGAAACAGUCAUGCUGCAAAGAAACGCUAUGAGUGUGGUCAGUAUGGUAAAGUUUUGUGCUUCAUGGUACCAUUAUAGAAGAGUAAAAUGUUAGUGUGUGAGCAACCAGUUAAAGCCUUUGCAGAUCACAGUAGAUUUUGAGAAACUUAAAGAACUAAUUCUGAAAGAAAUCUAUUAGAAUAAAAGAUUUGUUAAGAUCUUUGAAGAACCAAAUUGCAUUCAGUUAAAGGAGAUUAUAUGGAGGAAAAAUUCUAACAAGUGUCAACAAUGUAUUCAUGCUUUAUGGCAUCCAUCCUUAUGUUGUUUCCAAUUGAAACUAAUAUGGACAAAAGACCUAUGAAUUUAAACAAUAAGGCAACUCUUCUAGAUUUCAAAGUUCUCUCCAAUUGCAUGAAAUAAAUCAUCCAGUUGUAAAAUUU